AUGAGCAGUAGUAAGAAGACGAAGACAUACCAUGUCCAUUCGGAAUGGGAAGAACAAUAUUUAUUUACAGAAUUUAAAGUGUGGGAUAAAGCUGCGACACCUGCUAAUGUCAAAGCUGGAUUUGAAGCGACCGGAAUUUUCCCAUUCAAUCCAGAUAGGAUUCCAGAAGAAGAAUACGCUCCCAGCAUACCUACUCAUAAUUUCGCAGAACCUGGAGCUUCUCCUUCUGAAAAUCAAGAAAAUGGAGAUACUAACGACAGCGACGCUACAAAUCUGUUAAUUCCUCCUCAGGAAAAUGAAGAUACUAAUGAAAGCGACGUUACUGAUGCCAGUGGAAAUUCUCCUUAUCCUCCCCCAAAUGAAGACAAAGGUAAUUCAAAUCCAUCAAAUGAUUCCUCAGAUUUACAGCCAAGCCAAGCAAAGCGUUGUGCUGCAACUCCAGACAACGCCUCUGAUGAUCAUCCACAGCACCCAAAUCAAGAAGAUACAUAUAUCGAACUUUAUAGAACCCCUGCCAAGUGUUUAUGA